AUGGCUAUCGUUGGUUCCACACUGCUUGUGGAUAAGAUCAAGACUGGGAUGCGACCUCACCUUAUACUAACUGUGAACGCCGAUCAAGAUGAGAUCGCUUGGGGUGCAGUGACUCUGGUGUAUUUGUAUCGCCAAUUGAGUAUGGCGUCUAGGGCUGGUUAUCUUACAAUGCUCCAGACUUGGAUAUACGAGUACUUCCUGGCCUUUCGUCCCCAUCCUUGUCGAGCUGAUGUGCCUAACAAGACCAGGGCGGAGAUGUGGUCCCCGCACAAGCCAGUGGAAUGGAUUCCAUACAAUACUUCUCCUAGGACAUUACUAAAUGAGCACCCACGCACCACGUUCAUCGGGGGUAUCACCUGUUUUGAUAUCGUGGAGGUGUAUUUACCCGAGAGGAUAGUCAGGCAGCUGAGUUUUGUUCAGGCUAUUCCUCCCCCUCCUUUGAGGCUUACCCAAGCUGUUGUUCAUGAUUACAUUGACUGGUUUAGAGUGUGCUCCCACCCAUUGCUCCUCUCCGGCGAAGGGCCUAGUGCUAGUUUUGCUGUAGCUGAUAGCAGAGUUGGAUACUUUGCUAAUGAAUUUCCGAGUCAACUUGCGCCGUUGGAUCAGGAUGUCUGCCAUCGCGGAUAUGACCCCUCGGGAAUGACAGACUGA